GGAACUUUUUAACUUACCUUUUUCAACUCUAUACUGUAAAAUGUAAAUAUUUCUGUAGCUGUACAAUGAACAUUCAUUCAUCCUCAAUUUCAUCUUCCUUGUCUUCUCAAUUCACUAAUUCAGUAAAUUCUCUUUGAGUUUCUGUUGAUUUCUUCUUUGUUGUGUAAAAAAAGGAAGCAAAGGGUGUCUAAAACUCUACAAAUCUGUUCUCUUUCAUGGUGUGAUCAGAGGUAAAAUUAAGCUUCUGUAAUCCGAAUUAGAGUUUCUACUUUCAAAUUUUGAGAUGGGAAAUGCUGGAAGCAGGGGUGUGAAUGGACCGAGACGACGCAACAGCCGGAGGAGCCACCCACCACCGCCGCCGCCGCCACCUCAACCGGAGAUACGUGCGAACGGGUAUGUGUUUGCGGCAACACCGUAUCUUUCUCGAUUCCCACAUGGGCCGUCGUAUUAUCAGUACCCGGGGUACUAUUCGACGCCACCGCCGCCGCCGCGGCCACGGGCAAUGGCAGCACCAUAUGUGUUGCAUCAAAAAGCAGUGACUAUACGUAAUGAUGUUAAUCUGAAGAAGGAAACUCUGAAAAUUGAGCCUGAUGAGAAGAAUCCGGGGAAGUACCUUGUUGCUUUUACUUUCGACGCCACCGUUUCUGGAAGCUUGACUGUCAUUUUCUUUGGAAAAGAAGGUGAAGAUUGUUUGUUGACACCUAUGAAAGAAAGCUUACUUCUACCUAUAACUGUUGAAUUUCAACAAGGUUUAUCUCAGAAGUUUAGGCAACCCUCAGGAACUGGCAUUGAUCUUUCGAUUUUUGAUGAAGCAGAAUCCUCCAUAUAUGCUGAUGCAGAUGUAUAUCCAUUAGCGGUGAAACUAGAGGCAAUCCCAGGUAAGGAAAGUGUACCGGAGGAUGAGAAUGCAGUAUCCGGGUCCACAAAUUCCCAGCUUACUCUAGCAGUUUUUGAAAAGGAUAAAGGUGAAUACAAUGUUAGGGUGGUGAAGCAAAUACUUUGGGUCAAUGGCAUGAGAUAUGAAUUACAAGAGAUUUAUGGGAUUGGUGAUUCAAUUGAUAAUGAGUUUGACGGAAAUGAUCCUGGGAAAGAAUGUGUGAUAUGCCUUGCUGAACCUCGGGACACAACUGUACUUCCAUGUCGACACAUGUGCAUGUGCAGUGGUUGUGCAAAAGUCUUGAGGAUCCAGACAAAUAGGUGUCCUAUAUGUCGGCAGCCAGUUGAGCGACUUCUGGAGAUCUAAGUCAGCGAAGGUGCUGAACAGUAAAUAUAGGAACAGUUGCGACUACACUCUUGUAUAUACAUCUUUCUGUUUUCACUGUAAUCCUCUCAUUUAAGUAUGUCAAUGUUCCCAUCUAUGUCAUAUGGGAAAAGUCUGUGAAGUCUUUAUACAGUGGUGCUUGUCUCUGUUCCAAAGAUAUCCAAGUUUAGUUUAUACA